CCAGGCCAUUAUACCAUUUUCUACUGGCUAGCUAGCCAAGCUACGUAGCGCGACUCGCUUCCUUCUUCUCACGGGCCUGGGGACAAGAAGAGCAAAAAGAGAGCAGAGGCAAGGUGACAAGAAGGAGAACGCAAUGGGACAAGAGCUGCAUCGUUCGCGCGGCAUGUGAGUGCACCGAUAAAACCCUUUUGUUGUUUACUCUUCUCGUGGUCUGUCCGUCGUCGUUCCGUCCGCCCGUCCGCCUUCAAGCAGCGCUUGGUCUUUGUAGCCAGCCAGGCAUAAGAAUUCGCCGAGACUUACUUAAACGCUGUCUUUUUCCACAUUCCUGUGGUCACUCACAUCACAUCACAGGGAGGCCGGGCGAUAAAAGCUUGCGCCGCUCCCAGCUCUCUCCGGUGCGUGCCUGGCAUUUUUGGGCAGUAGUAGCAACUGAAGCAGCGGACACUGACACUGACACACAGAGAGAGCGAGCUCAGUAUUCUUAUCUUCGGAAUGGCGCGGCGGGGGUUGCCGUUGCCGGCGCCGUUGGUGAUGCCGGCGCUGUCGUUGGCGCUGGCGCUGGCAAUGGCGGUGGCCAAGGAGUGCACGAACGUGCCGACGCAGCUGUCGUCGCACACGGUGCGGGCGCGGCUGCAGGGGGACCCCUCGGCGGAGGAAUGGCGGCUCCGGGCGCUCUUCCACGACCACGCCCACGUCAGCCCCACCGACGAGGCCACGUGGAUGGACCUCCGUGCCCCCCUCGCCUCUUCCGCUGCCACGGAGGAGUCCGGCUGGGCGAUGCUGUACCGGGCGCUCAAGGGCUCGGCGUCCGGAGGAUCGGCAUCAGCGGCGGCGGGGUUCUUGGAGGAGGUGCCGCUGCAGGACGUAAGGCUGGACAUGGAGGAGGACGCGGUGUACGGGCGCGCGCAGCAGACGAACCUCGAGUACCUGCUGCUGCUGGACGUGGACCGGCUGCUCUGGAGCUUCCGGACGCAGGCGGGGCUGCCGGCCCCCGGCAAGCCCUACGGCGGCUGGGAGGGCGCCGACGUCGAGCUCCGCGGCCACUUCGUCGGGCACUACCUGAGCGCGGCGGCCAAGACGUGGGCGAGCACGCACAACGGCACGCUGGCCGCCAAGAUGUCCGCCGUGGUGGACGCGCUCCACGAGUGCCAGCAGGCGGCCGCGGCCAACGGCGGCAACGGCUACCUCUCGGCGUUCCCCGCCGAGUUCUUCGACCGCUUCGAGGCCAUCCAGCCCGUGUGGGCGCCCUACUACACCGUCCACAAGAUCAUGCAGGGCCUCCUGGACCAGCACACGGUGGCCGGCAACGGCAAGGCCCUGGCCAUGGCGGUCGCCAUGGCCGGCUACUUCGGCGGCCGCGUCAGGAGCGUCAUACAGCGGCACGGCAUCGAGCGGCACUGGACGUCCCUCAACGAGGAGACCGGGGGCAUGAACGACGUGCUCUACCAGCUCUACACCAUCACGAAUGAUCAGAGGCAUUUGGUGCUCGCUCAUCUUUUCGAUAAGCCGUGCUUCCUGGGAUUGCUAGCGGUUCAGGCCGACAGUCUUACUGGAUUUCACGCCAAUACACAUAUCCCGGUUGUUGUCGGCGGGCAAAUGAGAUACGAGGUUACCGGUGAUCCUCUCUACAAGGAAAUUUCAACAUUCUUCAUGGACAUAGUUAAUACUUCUCACAGCUAUGCAACUGGUGGCACAUCCGUCAGUGAAUUCUGGUCCGAUCCAAAGCGCUUGGCAUCGACUCUGACCACUGAGAAUGAGGAGUCUUGCACUACCUACAACAUGCUUAAGGUUUCUCGCCACCUGUUCAGAUGGACCAAGGAGAUUGCGUACGCCGACUACUACGAGCGUGCGCUGAUAAACGGUGUCCUGAGCAUCCAGAGAGGGAGGGACCCUGGUGUCAUGAUCUACAUGCUGCCUCAGGGCCCUGGCAGAUCAAAGGCAGUCAGCUACCAUGGCUGGGGAACACAGUAUGAUUCAUUUUGGUGCUGUUAUGGGACUGGGAUAGAAUCAUUUUCCAAGCUUGGGGACACAAUCUACUUUGAAGAGAAAGGAAGCAAGCCAACGCUAUACGUCGUCCAGUACAUACCAAGCAUUUUCAACUGGAAAUCUGCAGGCCUUACUGUUACUCAGCGACUGAAGCCGCUCAGCUCAUCUGAUCAAUAUCUUCAGGUCUCACUCUCAAUAUCUGCAAAGACAAACGGUCAAUAUGCGACGGUGAAUGUGAGAAUACCAUCGUGGGCAUCCGCGAAUGGUGCAAAAGCAACUUUGAAUGACAAAUAUUUGCAGUUAGGAUCUCCAGGGACCUUCCUCACGGUCACCAAGCAGUGGAAUAGUGGUGAUCACCUGACACUCCAGUUACCUAUAAACCUAAGAACAGAAGCAAUAAAAGAUGAUCGAGCAGAGUUUGCAUCUCUACAAGCAGUCCUCUUCGGGCCAUUCCUGCUCGCCGGUCUCAGCACCGGAGACUGGGACGCGAAGACCGGCGCCGCCGCAGCGGCCAUCUCAGACUGGAUCAGCCCCGUCCCUUCUUCCUACAGCUCCCAGCUGGUGACGCUCACGCAAGAAUCCGGCGGCAGCACCUUCGUCCUCUCCACCGUGAACGGCACCUCCCUGGCGAUGCAGCCCCGGCCCGAAGGCGGCGGCACCGAAGCCGCCGUCCACGGCACCUUCCGCCUCGUCCCCCAGGGAUUCUCUCCGCCGCCGACGACCAACCGGCGCCACGGUGCCCCGACGAAUCUCGCAUCCGCCAUGAUCGAGCCGUUCGAUCUGCCGGGAAUGGCGAUCACAGAUGCCCUGACGGUGGUGCGGUCGGAGGAGAAGAGCUCGGGCUCCCUGUUGUUCAACGUCGUCCCGGGGCUCGACGGGAAGCCGGGCUCGGUGUCCCUCGAGCUCGGGACCAGGCCGGGGUGCUUCGUGGUGACCGCCGGCGCGAAGGUCCAGGUCGGCUGCGGCGCGGGGUUCUCGCAGGCGGCGGCGAGCUUCGCGCGUGCGGAGCCGCUGCGGCGGUACCACCCGAUCAGCUUCGUGGCCCGGGGGGCCAGGAGGGGAUUCCUCCUGGAGCCGUUGUUCACCUUGAGGGAUGAGUUCUACACCGUCUACUUCAACCUUGGAGCCUGACAAGCGACCGAAUCCGUGUCUUUUCUUCCGGGAGAUGAAAUUCAGUCUUCUCUCCAAAAUAAUCUUUGGAGGUGAAAGAUGAUUAAUCUGGGUUAAUUCUUCCAUUCUUUUGUCUGAACAGUAAGGAUCUUCAGAUCCUGUGAAUAAAGUUUUGGCAGAUGAGAAAAAGAUUGAUUUUGGCA